AUGCCUGAACCUCGCCCCAAAUGUCUGAAGAAAGUGCUACAUGCUGGUCGUGGAACAGUGCCGGAGUAUCGAGACGGUACCAAGGCGAUAUUCCACUAUGAGACGUUGAAACCGAUAGACCCCGUGGAUCCAGAAGCCGGGAUGCCGGAAAGCAGAGAUGACUACGAAGUUAUUGACAAUACAAGACGACCAUGGCCAGAUGGAUAUGGCAAGCCGCUGGAGCUGAUAUUUGGCAAGAAAUUUCAAUUACCGGUGUUUGAGACAUGUUUACGGUCGAUGUUAGUCGAUGAGGUCUCCCAAUUUGAUGUGGAACUAACUGAGCUCUGUACAUAUCCAAUGGUGUCCAAAAAGUUACGGGAUCUGUCCAAACCACACGACAAAGGAGGUGGCCACUCACAUGAUUCACACAUGUGUGCAGCCGCUUUGACAGCCGGACUCAUAGACUAUGAAGCAGAAAGCUGGCAAAUGGGUUGUAGAGAGAAACUACAAUCAGUGGAAACGUUGCGAUUACAAGGGAAUCAGUUGUUUGCUCAGGUAUGUUAUAACCUCUACUCUUGCAUUCAUAUGGAUUAA